ACCUCAAGGGUCUUAAGGUUGCAUGAGAACAUUGACACAGGAAAUGAACUUUUGAAACCUCCCUACUGUGACGGUCUGACCCGUCACCAACAUCUUAUAUCAUCACCUUUACUCUGUGAAAAAGCAACGACUAUCCUAACAAGAGCCCAUCAGGAUGAUCCUUUUAUGCAUUACACUGCUUCUUCUCCAUCAAGGAUAUGCGCUGAUCUCAGUGACCACAGUUCAACUGGGUGAACCUGCAAUCUUCAAAUGUUUUUUCCCUGAUUCGGAUUAUAGCAAUACACGAGUCAAGUGGUACAAACAGAGUAUUGGUGAUACUCUUGAAUUAAUGAGUACACUGAUGAAAGGCACUGCAAAUCCUUCGUUUGAACCAGAGUUUCCUCCUUCAAAAUGCUUUGCAAACCUUUCAAAAACCACGAGCACUAUGACCAUUUUGAAGACAACCCCAGAAGAUGAGGCAGUGUAUCACUGUGCAUUCACUACCUGGAGUGACGAUGAGUGGACUGGCACGUAUUUGUCUUUAAAAGGAAACACUCAGAGGACAACAGACUUUACUGUUGUUCAGCGGCCGACAGCAUCUGAUCCAGUUCAUCCAGGCGACUCCGUCACUCUCCAGUGUUCGGUCCUCUCCGACUCUGAAAAGAAGUCCUGUUCUGGAGAUUACAGUUUGCACUGGUUUGGAGUCGGAUCGGAUAAAUCUCAUCCAAACAUCAUCUACACUGAUGGAAAUAGACAUGAUGAAUGUGAGAAGAGAUCUGAUACUCAGAGGAGUUGUGUUUAUCGCUUCUCCAAGAACGUCAGCCACUCUGAUGCCGGGACUUACUACUGUGCCGUCGCCACAUGUGGGGAGAUAAUAUUUGGACAUGGAACAAAACUGGACAUUGAAGGAACCAGCUCACGGUCACAUGGUGUUUUACUGACGGACAGUACAUUUCUGUCCCUGCAGUGUGCGGUCUGGGCUAUAUGUCUGAUUGUUAUAGCCGUCCUCAUUUACGCUGUCAAGAAAAACAAGUGUGACUAUUGCAAUACUAAAGCUGUUUCCCUGCAAGAAAAUGUUGCAAAAAGGAAUUUAAAGAGAAAUGAAGACGGAUGGAUUUAUUCUACUGUCGUCUUUACCGUGAUGGAAACUGGCAGAGGUGGAAAGAAGGAUGCAAAAGCAGCGGAGAGAGAGAGGAUCUACGCUGCUGUCAAGGCUUUCGGGUUGGAUUAGCAUGUUAGGUGGACUGUUUGAGAUCAGUGUGUGAUAGUUGAUGUUAUUCUUUUUAAAGCUAAAGGCUGUUGUUAUAUGUGGCUAUUAGGUAGUGGUGUGCACAUGAUGUAUAUCUUGAUUUAAUGUUUUGUUGUUAUGCUUACAUGUAAAACUAAACUAAUUAAAACAAUUUUGUUCCAUUUA